GCCGCCGUAAGGAGAUGAGACGAUAAUUUAGUCAGCUCGUGCGUUCGAGGUCUUGGGGCUGAGAGGUGUGGAGUGGCUUGCUGAGUAGUGCGUGGCUUCAAGUAGAUUUACCUAUUAAUUGUCAUCACUUGUAUCUUAGUAAAUUUAUUAGUUGGUUUAAUUAUGCUGAAGAUGGAGGAAUCGAACCGCAAAACAGCCCCGCCAGCUGAAAGUUGGGAAGAAAUUGCUGAAAACCCAGAAUGUUUGGAAAAACAGCUGAGUAAGAUCAAGAUCAAGAAUUGUUCCAGUUCCCCAAACAAUGAUGAUGUUCCUCAACAAUCCCUAAACAAGCAGGUGACUAUACUAAGUGGUGAUGAGCACUGUAGGACUCAGUAUGUUCCUGAGGUGAAGGUGCUGAUCAUGAAGCGUCCAUCACAGUCAUCUUCUGAUGCAGCGGCUGCUAAACCUAAAGCUCCUCUCAAGACCUUGGAACAGAGGCAAGCUGAGUACAAUGAGGCCCGCAUCCGCAUCUUGGGGAAUGCUGAGCCAACUGCAUGCAGCGACAAGACGGACGCCUCAUCCGUAGCUGCACCCGGGGAUGUCUCCAAAGGCAAUAGUCCUGUUGCUCAAGGCGCUCAACGUGGUCUCAUAACCGGAGCAGCAGCGCGACAGCAGCAGCAGUCAAAGCCAAGUGGGCAAUGGCAAAACAAGCACAAGACCUCCGGCAACUCCCAAAACAAGCGUGCUAAUAACGCAUCCAACAACAAUCAGUCAAAUAAUAUACAGUAUAAGGAUCAGAGUCACAUAGUUCAGCAGCAGACCCCAAUAACUGUGCCUACACGUGAGCCUGGCUUGACUAUGUACUCGGUCCCUGAAUUCUAUCCUGGUGAUAGUCAAGCUAUUCAUCAUUAUCAACAGCCUUAUACCCACUGCUAUCCACCAACCAUGACCACGUGUCAGCCACAGUACCCAACUUCCAUGGCGGGUCAACAACCAACCCCUCCUCAGCUCCCUCAACCAUACUCUGCUCAGGACUACUCACUGUCUGCUCAGCCAUACCCACCUUCGUCAUACGGACCUGGUGUGCCGGCUCCUGCAUACAUGCCGUCUCCCAACCCUGUUUACUCACCGUAUGUGACCAAUCAUCAGCAACUUCCAUUCCACUGCUAUGCUCCUCAUCCCUUUCCUUUGCCUCCUCAUCAGCAUCCUCAAAUGAUGUCGCUGCAGCAACAGCCACCUCUGCAAACACAAGCAUCUACUCCAGUGUCUUACAAUCUGCAGCAGCUGCCACCGCAGACACUCUCAGCCCUAGCAGACCCGCAGCAGCCCAUGCCAGCUCAACCGCCGCAUCAACGCCAGCAGAACAAGAAGCAAAACAAACGAAACCAGAAAAAUACCAGGUACCGCAACUUGAGGCCGGACAACUCUACGUCUCCAACGCUGGUGAACGGCAAAAAGUCAAGCCCCAAGAUUAUGGCCAACGGUGCGGCAUCAGGUGAAGCUCUCAAGCCCCUAAGUGAUAGUCCAGCCAACACGUCUUCUCCACCUCCUGACGUUUCUCUUGACGCAGCUGAAGCUAGUCCCAUGGAGACCGUGAACAAACAGAAGAAGAAGCGAAAGAAGAAGAAGAACCCGGUUAAAACCUCGGCAACUUCAUCAAUUUCAACGACAGGCAAAACCAACGGCACGCUCAGCAGUAAAGAAGGUAACGGCAGGAUCAUCCGUAUGCCACGUGGUCCCGAUGGAACCAAAGGUUUCACACUCGUCAGGUAACAGAGACCUUAACUUAGGACAUUAACGAUAAGUUCAAAGUUGUUGACGUUUUUAUUAGAUUUUGUAUUCAAAAUAGUUCAGUGAAACCAUCCCUUUUGUUUGCCUUCUAAAUUGAAAAAAUUCAUGAAAGAACUUGUCUUACGAUGUCAGAAACUUUUCAAUGUUCUUAAUAGACUAUAAGCAACUAUUGCAGUUAUUGAGCAACACAUUUCAAUGUAAAGAAUGAAUUCUGUUUACCAUAGAUAUUUUUUUUUCUUAUAUUCAUUCAUGAGAUGUUAUGCAUAGGAUCUAUUCAACUUCGUCUCAAGCAAGUGGGGUAAAGAAACUGUGGUAUGGGUGUGCUGUUGAAUUGCAGAUGCUAUUUUGAUUGCGCUUACAAGUUUGUAGACAUGUAUCUAUAAGGAUGUUACUUGGGUUUUUAUGCCUGAAACGCGCACUCUAACCUAGGCAACUACGUUGAGAUGUUUGCUGUACAUUGAUGCAUGUCGACGUUGUGGUCACAAAUGCUAGAGCCUUGUAAAAUAAAAAUGCCCAUCACAUGUAUUCCUUUAAAGGAAGCACGUUUUCACAGAAUAUGACCGCCGAAAACUUCUUGAGUAAAAAUUCACUCAGGUCAUAAAUUCUAAAAUAAUUUCUGUAAUGCAAGUUUCAACUGUAAAUACAAAUUUGUGAUCACGAUUCAACGGUUGAAUUAUACAAAAAAUCCGGACUUGAUUGUACGUUGGCAUCAGUAAACUCGCGGGUGGAGUCAAGCAGUGAAUGCUUUUCAUUUCGAUCCAUUAUCUCUGAAUCCAUAGUAAAAGCGAAUACUGUAAAACUUGACCUGUCUGGGAUCGACGAUUCUCGACAUCUCAACGAACAUUCCUAGAAAGCUUUACUCGAUGACGCCAUAUUUUGUAUGAUUUAGAAAAUUUAUUAGAAUGGAAAAGUUUUGGCAGCAUGGUGUUCUUGGUUUACUUCGAGUUUUUUAUGAAAUCGGAGCCCCUGUCUUACAUAAAUCCUAAUAGACAGUAGUGCAACGCCAGAGCUUGUUUCCGUUCUUCUUUAACGAAUAAAGUGACUAUGAAUAAAUUAAAGUUUGGGAAGGGUCGUGUACCUACUCCGUAAUUAACUGGUAUAAUGAAAUGUAAACUUUUCUAGCAGCCUUAACAAAAAACGGCAAAAAUUGGCUGUAAAUAAAAUGGCUGUCACGUACUACAGCCCUGGGCUGACGUCAUGAAUUUCUGAAUAAUUUGCCCUCUCUUCAGUUCUUUCUGAAAUAUUCAGUCAUCUUAAUAACAUCUAUCCUGACUUCAUGGAGGAAAAUAAUAUUGUAGAUUCGGUGUAAUAUUGUGUAGUACUUUUUUUCUAUGCCAGAGUGGUGUUGAUAAAUGUUCAAGUUGCUGCAUCGUAAAACUUCACUUGCUUCGUUAGUUUCAUCUCGCUUCCAACUUACCAGGAAGAGUAAAAUAGUAUUGAUGGAGUAAGAUGUGUUCAGCGCGCAAAUUAACCCUUGAUGAACUCUUCAGUUGUGUUGAAACUUGUAACGAGUGUAACGAAUAUGCUUCGGAGUGUGCGAUGCCUCCUCGGUACUCCAUAGGAUGUGUAUAUUUUUGUAAAAUUGGAAUAAAAACUCAAUAAAAAUCAAUGAAU